AUGGGUUCGCCCUUGUUCCUCUGGCAGUUCUUCAGUUCGACCGUGGGGCUCUUCUCGCCUCCAAGCGCCAAUUCACAUGGCCGAAAACGAAUUAGUGGUACGAGAGGAUUCUGGUCCGACCCAGAAUCCAAUUGCUUGUACCAAUUGCCGACAAAGAAAACGCAAGUGCGAUCGUCAGCUGUAUGCACCCCCUAUACAUCAUGGCCAAGGAUUGGUGUUCUGAAUUUCGAUGCUCUCCCUAGACCAAAUUGCCAACAGUGCAGCAAUGACCCGGCAAACUGCCACUAUCCUGAGCAGAGCAGACGAGGAAUCCCAAUUGGUUUCAUUAACAGACUAGAAGCUCGCCUAGCAGAAACAGAACAUGCUCUGCAUCGCCUUCUCCACUACAUUGACGAAGGCACAUUCUAUUCCUCGAACCUCGCACAGAACUCUGACCAAAGUAAAGCCGACAGGCUCAAGGAGUGGGACAGCUUUCCUUUGGAGUCUAUGAUGGACAUUAGGAGAUGGCAUGAGCAGCAUGUCGGAACAGCAACCCCGGCAAGCGGUACUCAUAGCUCGCAACAAAAUCUGUCACCCCAUGACGCGGCUUGGCAAUCCAGCCACUAUAGCCAGGGACCUGACCUGAGCCCAGCAUCAUCCUUCAAUAACGCUCCAAACCUGGCAUCCCAAAGCGAAGUGACAGGGCCGCCUGUUGACUUGAAUUCAGCCCCCGCGACAUUGAUCGACCCAUCGUGGGGGACCACUCCGCAGGCUUCGGAGGGCAAGGCGAAAGAAUUGAGCAAAAAUCGACCCAAUUUGUAUUUUUAA